UAGGAGGACGUCAACGAAUGUUUUGGCAAACAUUUUGCUAGCGUCGAUUUGCAGUUAGUAUCAAUACAUUUAUGUCAUUUCAUGAAAGGCCGUUUACUUUUUGAGCUUAUUCGAGAAGCAGACGAUCAUUUGUAUUCAAGCAACCAAGCCUUCGUGAGAGGAAAAUGUAUUCUGAAAGAGGGAGUAUAUAGACGAUCGACCUACAGAGUUGCGGCCAUUGUACCAUAGAAAGCACGCGCAAUAGUGUUUCUCAGGUCGAUGGGAUAGCAACCAACGCCACUUGUCUGGCUUGAAGCUGUAGGUAUGGACUCCUCCCUCUACUUGUGCUCUACCUGCUACCAGAUAUUUAACUCUCUGGAGGUGGUGAUCUCUCAUCAGCUCACCUGCCAACCUGUCAACACAGAGGAGACGGUCCCUGCAGCGCCACCUACAGCACAGACCGAGAGCUCCAGAGUGGUGCUUCAGUCUCAGAAUGGACCAUCCCAGCACCAAGAGAGAAACCAAAACCCAAACCUGCCCUACCUGCACUCCCUCAUAGAGAAGAGAGCGACUGGAAGUUCGACCGGUUCCAACAUCCCUCAGAACCAGACCCAAACGCAAAACCUGACUAGCCCGGCCCUGCUCAUCCACUAUCAGUGUAGGGAAUGUGAGGCGUUGUUUGAGUCCCUGGAGCUGUGGCAGAAGCACAGCAAGCUGGGUGACUGUUCUGCAACCACUGGGUCAGAACCAAGGGACCAGGAAAUGGACACAGAGUGUCAGCCUGCGAUAGGAGAUGAAAAGGGGGUCGAGAGACAGAGUGAUGGAGGGAUGGAUGUGAAUAUAGAGGAGGAUGGUGACAAAGAGGAGGAGGAAGAGGUAGACUAUGGAGGAGGGAUGGAACAAGAACAUAGCAUUGAGAAUGAAUUGGAAUCAGAAACAAACUCCAACUCCCAGCAUUCCUUCCCCAACACUCCCAUGUUUACAAACCUUGCUGCCUGUAGUUCCAAUCCAACUGCUUCCUCCUCGAGCCAGACCUCCUUCUGUGCGGCCUGUGGCUCGGGCUUCAACACUGAGUCGGCGCUAAAGCUGCACCGUGUGGCCAUCCACGGCUUGCCGGGGGCGCUACAUCACUGUGACGUGUGUGGAGAGAGCUUUAUGAACACUACUAAGUACCUCUACCACCGCAGGCAGCAUCGAGACAGAGGGGUACAGGACUCGGAGGGUUGCACACCCCGGGUGGACCACAUUUUACCUACGCCUCUGUUCCAGUGGAAAAGCAACAGUGCUGUGGUGAGUGGCGGAGAAGAGACCCCGACCCAUCCACCCCUCACUACCACCACCCUCCCUGACUCUUCCACCCCCCUACCGGCCCUGGAAACAACACCCGGGGACCACUUCGGACCGUGCCCCCACUGCGGGCGUUUCUUCAAGAGCUGCAGCCGCAUGCGCACCCACAUCCAGGCCCACUCAGGCCUCAAGCCGUUUAAGUGUGACCUCUGCCCCAUGACGUUCGCCUACAACAGAUGCGUGACGCGCCACCGUAUCACCCACAGCGCCCGCAAGCCUUACACCUGCCUGCGCUGCGGCAAGAACUACACGCUGUUGGGCACGCUCCAGACCCACCACCUACUACACGAACGCCAGGAUGCCUUGAACAAAGAUGGUGUUGUGAUGAAGGAGGGCACAGUCAAGGAGGAGGGUCGCGGUGUGGUCAAUGAUGCAGAGUCAAAGAACUCAAAGUACCCAACGUUUUUUCGAUACAAAUGCCCUGAUUAUCCACGCUGCUUCCGAAUGUCAUCUCAGGUGCCAGUUCACAGAUACUCUCGCACAGGGAAGUAUCCGUUCACCUGCUCCAUCUGUGGGGAGCACUUCUUCCACAAGAGCAGGCUGAAGCUUCAUGCUCUCACACACAACGACUUUCUUCUCUGUACAGGAGUGGUUACGGGAACAGGCCAGGGUAGAGGCCGUGGCCAAGGCGGAAGGCGGGAGAAGACCACAGGGCUUCUGGACUGUGAGUUCUGCCGCCAUCGCUGUGUCACCAAGGAAGGCCUGGACCUCCACAGAUUGUCCCACGCCGGCCAGACCCCCUUGCGCUGCCCGAUGACCCCCUGCAGACGGCGCUAUGCAACGGCCGCCUCCCUGGAAGAGCACCUCCUUACCCACUGCCCGGCGCCCGGGGACACGGUGGCUGCCGCCGACGUCCCCAAGCCCCGUCCCUUCCACUGCCAUCACUGUGGGAAGGACUUCACCACCGGCUCAUCACUCAGCGUCCACCUUCGAGUCCACACGGGGGAGAAGCCCUUUCAGGUCAGAGUGUUCCCAAUGUUGGAAGAGCUUCCGACAGAUCCCUCACCUGCGCGACCACGAGCGUCUGCACAGCGGCGAGCGUCCCUUCGUCUGCGGUGUCUGUGGCAAGAGCUUCGUCCUGGCCGCCCGCCUCACCGAGCACGCCCGCACUCACAGCGGCGAGAAACCAUUCUCCUGCCCCGUGUGCCACCGGGCCUUCCGCUCCCUCUCCAACCUGGGAAAGCACCGCAAGACCCACCGCUGCUGCCCCCCCACACAGCCACAAGAGGGCAUCAGCGAGCAGACCGCUGUCCUAGGGCUCAAAAUACAGGGGAAUAUGGACAAUAUGGAGGGUCAGGCGGCUGUGCGUACGAUCUUACUUGUUCAGCCCCAAGUGGUCUCUCAGGGAGGGUCUUCUUCCGUAUCUGCUCCCCUUGUCCUCCUGCACCCCUCAGUUGCUGUGGGCAACGGGCAGGCCGGGACUGUGGUCAUCGAGGUCAUCGUGGAGCAGCCUGGUGAGCAGCGGGUGAAAAGUUGAUGCAACUUCAGACAUUUCACAAGGGGCUGCCAAGGACACCUGGAUGAAAAUCAGUUCUGAGAACUGUCACAAUCUAAAAGGAGGUUAAGAAGUGGGUGGAGAGCAGGGAGUGAGGGGAACGGAGUGAAGUGGGACUUGAAUAAAUAAAAUGUGAAGGGUUGGUGCGGUGUUAGGAUUACGAGGAUCAGUUCUCAAUUUAAGUACAGAUGUAUAGAAUGGCUUUGAAGUAAGUUAUUUCUAGUAAGAAUGUUUUUGAGCCUGUGUUCAAUCUCAAUUUGACACAGAGUGCCUUCACAAUCUGUUGUAUUUCUUUGAAUAAAAUGCUCUUUCCAUUUAAUUUGCAUCCUUUUGCAGGGAGACAGCAUGGGGGUUCUCUCAAACGAUUCAAUGGGUUUUAUUGGCAAGACAAUAAAUGUAAGCCCUUCACUAAAGUGCUUGCUUGA